AUUAACCUUUUAACAUCUUACAUUGCAUUAGCCAACAGAAGUAAAGCCCGCUCAUUAGAUUUUUAUUACAGAACGAGGCCCAGUUUAGCAGAAUUUCAUUACCCGACAUAACGAUCAGUGAAAGAAAGAAAAAAAUGGCGAUGGAGAUCAGGGAAGGCGACUGGAAGGUUUGCUGCGGAAGCUCUGAUUUCGCGAAGCUGAUGGUGAAAGGUUCUCCCUUUAACUCUUUAGAAGCAGCGAUCGAGUCCGCAAGAGACAUCUGGUUCAACCAAGUCAACGUUGCGGCUUGGCUUGAAGCCUUCGCUGCGCAUCCUCAGAUUGGCAAGUCUCCUUCGCCUUCUAGCAACUCCGAUUUCGCUCGCCGGAGCGUAACGGAGCAGUCCAGGGCCUUUGCCACAACCUCUGCUUCUGCCUUGGAGGAGCUUGCAGAGUGGAAUGUACUGUACAGACAAAAGUUUGGCUUUAUCUUCAUUAUUUGCGCUUCCGGCAGGACUCACGCCGAGAUGCUCGCCGAGUUAAAGGGAAGGUAUGCAAACAGACCGAUAGUUGAGCUCGAGAUUGCUGCUAAGGAGCAAAUGAAAAUCACAGAGCUCCGGAUGGCAAAGCUCUUCUCCGAAAAGGCUAAAGUUGUUUCGCAAACUGAGUCGACUAAACCUCAAGAUCGUCUGAGAAUCAUAGGAGGGCAUUUGAAUGUUGCAGAAGCUCCCAAGAGAAGCAGGCCACCCAUCACGACUCACGUCUUAGACGUCUCACGUGGUGCUCCAGCUGCAGGUGUUGAAGUUCACUUGGAGGUGUGGAAUGGUACUACGAGUCCUUCCUUUGGUCAUGGAGGUCGUGGGGACUGGUCCAUGGUGGGAACUUCAGCUACUGAUAAAGAUGGGCGUAGCGGGCAACUGAUGGAUUUGGUCGAGUCUUUGAACCCAGGGACGUAUAGAAUAAGCUUCAACACUGGAAAGUAUUGCCCAGGAGGCUUCUUCCCAUAUGUUUCAAUUGCAUUUGAGGUCACAGAGUCUCAGAAAUUGGAGCAUUUCCACGUCCCCCUGUUGCUUUCACCAUUUUCUUUCACCACAUACCGUGGGAGCUAGAGCACUGUCUUUAAUACAUUUGGUGGUACUGUUAUCUAUCAAAAUUGCUUUAAAAUAAAAAUCUGUAUUUGUGAACUUGUAGAACAAUGUACUAAUGCAGCGUUUGCACCUCCAAGCACUUGCAUUCUCUUC